AUGGCGCCAGAACCCUCAUCCACUCCCAACAGCUCGAGCGCGGCGCCGACCCCGACUCCUUCACCAGCGCCCUCUCCCAUACCUCCCCCAGUCCCUGUCGAGACUCAUCCCAACCGAGGGAAACCGCAAGCUAACCGAAUCGCCCUUGACCCGAAUCGCCUUGCUCCUGAAGAUGCGUACAAGACCUUUUCGCCGCCGCGAUUGCGACCAGUCCCUGAGAUCAGUGGUUCUGCGGCCGCCAAUGCUGCCGCAGCCGCCCUCCGACCAGCAGUUGCAUCUCUACGGGCACCGCCUGCAAUCCCGCCGGUCGCCGCUAGACUAGCCGAAGAAAGACGACGGGCAGCCAGCAGGAGGCGGAAGCAACCUCACGUGUGGAAGAAAUUACUGUGGAUUAAACAGCAUGGAUUUCCCGACAACUAUACGGAUACCGAGACCUUCCUCGACCAUCUCCAGAGGAAUCCCCGGCUGAGACCCUAUGAUUUCUGGCCGUUGGUAGCAGACUCGGCGGUGAUUGUGCAGCACGUAUGCUCCGUGGCCAUCUUCAUUUGCGCCUACGCUGGAAUUUAUCAGGGCCGUCUGUCCCCGGUGUCGGUGGUAACCUGUGGCACGAUUUUGACGGUGGGUGGAUGGAUUAUGUGGGACUAUUGGAUGGGUCAGCAGGAAGCCGAAGAGUUGGCGGUGCUACACAAGGCAAACCGGCUUUCGGUCGAAGUGGACGAUGCUGCAAGUACCAGCUCUGGAGGCUCUUCUAAGAUCCAGAUGCAUGGCAACGGGCAUGUUGGCAAUGGACACGUGAACGGCUCCCUGGGAGGAAGAGGCGUUGGUCUGAAACUCUCGACCACGAACCUGGGAGUCAAGGAUCACGAAUCCAAGUUCCCCGGGAAGCAUGGCCAGUCCCUGUCCAAGUCAUCUUUCCAGUCGAUUUCUCCCAUCGACCCGCUGGGUGAUGGCUCCGUGGAACCGUUCCCCGACCUGGGACCGACGACAUCUCGACCCCAUGUGCCGCAGUCGCCCAGCAUGGUCUAUAGUCCAACGACGUUGCCAGCGACGAUAUCCCCUCGCAAUCAAGCACGACUCAAAACGCUCAAAUCUGCCUCGUUGAUCUAUUUUGCACUGUUGGGGCUCUCGCCGAUUCUCAAGUCGCUCACGAGAUCGACGUCGUCAGACUCGAUCUGGGCGCUGGCGACAUGGCUUCUGAUCAUCAACAUCUUUUUCUUCGACUAUGGAAGUCUCUACCUGCCCAAAAAGCCCGAGCGUGCGGAGCCAGCUGCCGGGAUGUCCAACGCCACACCCACCGGUCCAUCAACAUCUCAAUUGAGCAACACCUUCCGGCCGCCUCCCUUUCCAUCGUCUCUGUCGACCAAUGCCGCCUUGAUGGCCAGUACGGUGCUUGCCUCGCGGCUCAUGACUACCACGGCGGUGUUUAGCCUGACUCUGUUUUCGAUUCAGGUGUUUGGCCUUUUCCCCGUGUUCCGGCGGCAUCUCCAUUACAAAUCAUUUAAGCUGCACCUGCUUCUGACUUUCGCACUGGUCGCCAUGUCCACCUGCGGCCUGGGCUUGAUCUUAUCUAAAUCUUACACCCAUACCUAUGGCAACUGCGGGCUCUGCUGGGGUUGGAUCUGGCAUGUGAUUCUGCGGAGCACCAUCGGAUUUAUAGUCGGAGGAUUCAGCACAGCAUUUGUCAUGGGCGGAUGUUCGUGGUGGCUGAUUGGACUACAGCGAUAUAAGAACGUGGUGAUUGGGCCCUGGGAUCCUGCCAAACCUGUCCUUGCCGGCGGUGUCUAUGGAGGACGAAGCAGAACUGGCACCGACUGA